UGCAGUCUGCCUGAGACCUGAUCGGAGCGUCAGUCGGCUGAGCUGGAGUUCUCGUGGCUGAGAGCAGAGCACUAUGUCAGGCAACCAGUCAUGCCUGACGGGCGCGGAGGACACGCUCUCUGUCUUGGUGUGUUUGUUUCAUGCAUGGGAGGAAUGGGCAGGUCUUGAUCAAGAGGACUAUCUGAGUGUCUUGGAAUACCUGUUGUGGGUCUUCACACCCCUAGCCAUCGUCUUCAUCGUGCCUUUCCUCAUCGUUAUCUUCCUUUACCUCUCUAUACUCUUCCUUCAUGUCUACAAGAGGAAGAAUCAGCUGAAAGAAGCGUACUGUAACAACCUGUGGGACGGAGCCAGGAAGACCUUAGCUACUCUGUGGGACGGACACGGAGCCAUCUGGCAUGGGUAUGAGGUUCAUGGUAUGGAAAAGAUUCCCGAUGAAGGACCAGCUCUGAUCGUGUACUAUCACGGAGCCAUUCCAGUCGACUACUACUACUUCCUCGCUCACGUUAUCAUUCAGAAGGGACGGACCUGCCACUCCGUAGCCGACCACUUCCUCUUUAAGAUCCCAGGUUUCAAAUUGCUCUUGGAGGUGUUCAGUGUGAUCCAUGGUCCUCAGGAGGAGUGUGUUCGAGCUCUGAAGAACGGUCACCUGUUGGCGAUUUCUCCGGGAGGAGUGCGGGAAGCUCUGUUUAGUGAUGAGACCUACCCUCUCCUCUGGGGCGAACGGAAAGGCUUUGCCCAGGUCGCCAUUGAUUCUCGAGCGCCAGUAAUUCCAAUGUUUACUCAGAAUGUGCGGGAAGGCUUCAGAUCUCUGGGAACGCUCAGAUUUUUCCGCUGGCUCUAUGACAGAUUUCGUCUCCCUAUAGCUCCUGUUUAUGGUGGAUUUCCUGUGAAGUUUCGAACCUUCCUUGGGGAUCCCAUCCCAUAUGACCCCAACAUAAAUGCUGCUGAACUAGCACAGAAAGUGCAGCAAGCAGUCCAGUCUCUGAUAGACACACAUCAGCAAAUCCCAGGGAGCAUCCUGAGAGCCUUGUUGGAGAGAUUCCACACCAAAUACAAAGCCCACUAACAUCAGUGACACUACAACAGAGACAAACUGUCCAGUAUGUGACCAAACCCAUGCAUCAGGUGGCUGCAGUCUGCACAGGUUUGGUGCUGAUGUGCAUCUGAAGUCCUUGAUGUUUUUAUUGCACAGCUCUGAUAUGUAUUUUUGUUUACAUAGACUCCCUUUUAUAUAUAUUCGUAUUCAAGACGAAUCUGUUGAAAUUAAGACUUUAUAAGAUGCAGUCAGGUUUCAUAAUAAUAUCUCUCAAAGGACGGAAAGAAAAGCAAAUAUUUAUUUGAAUUCAGACACAUUAUUGUGACCGUAGAUGUAAUGUUUUUGUGUUUGUGUGGGAGAAAAGGCAAAUGUCUUCAUUUAAAAGUGCAUUUACAUCAACAAGUGAUUCAUAAUGAUUUUUAAUAAAUAAAUGUGUUUUGUUGUCGAUG